AUGGUGACACAGCCUAAAGGUCUUGAAAUUUGCUGGAGCGAAGAGGUGUACAAUGCGGACAUGUGCUUUGCGGAGCCGCUGGAGGCGAAUCGUGAACCCAGGCGGGAUACGGAAUCGACCUCUUCGGCAGGAUCAUCACCUUUACCCAGCUCUGCGGUGCCGGCAACCUCAACAUCGAGCCCCCUGAUUACCACGCUUGCGCCGUCUGACGAAACAACUGUAGCAGCUCGUACCUUGACGACCACGGUGCCAUUCCUGCCCAGCUCGGCCGCAACGGCCGCUACGCAACCCGCAACGGACAGCUCAAACGGAGCGCUGAACAGCAGUGUCAUCGUCGGCCUGUCAGCAGGCAUCAGUAUUACCUUCGUCGUCCUCAUCGCAGGCGCUGCCAUCUUCGUGAAGCGCAGACGCCAGUAA